GAAUGGUGAAAGAAAAAUGAUAUGUUGUGUGUUCAUACGGGGGCAGCAUAAAGGGUAAUUAGGCAUUUCCAUGUAUAGAGAGGAGCUGUGAAGGUGGUCCUCCUGUUCUGUUCAUGGAGAAGGUUAUCCCUGAGAUCCAACCAAUCACGGGUCCUUUUCAUCACAUGGAUACCCACAUGUUAGUCGAGGCAAAGGCAAUUGCUUUGAAAAAAAUUUGAGCGGUGACCCAUAAUCAAAGCUCUCACACAGUUUCUCCAUAUCAAUCGCUGAAGUAAAGCCAAAGUUGUUGGAAUCUGAUGGCUGAGUUCUACCUUCCAAGUCAAAAACAGAGGUGGGGGAAGCGGAAAAACAAGCGCAGAGUAAGUGAUCCUACCGCAUCACGUUACUUUUCUAGCUUCGUCUGACUUCCUGCGUUGCGGCACAUAAAACAAAACUUUUUUCUCUGAGGACAAACUUCAAACACCUGGUGGGCAUGGCUCAUUUCCGCGAAAUCUUCUUCCACCAUACCCCGUUUUGGUAGUGGUUGAAAACCCAAUGAGCAAUUUUGUAGCUGACAUUUCUGCUUGUAAGAUUUGACAGUGGGCAGUGAUUUCCCUCACGGGCUUUAACGCCAUCGCCAACACUGUAAAGUUAUAUACUACUGGCUACAAUGAGAUAGAGAGAAAGAGAAUCAUUGCAUACCAGGUUGUUUCUCCAAGCAAUUUGGGUUAGCUCAGGGAGAGGGAGAGCACUGUUAAAGCAACGAAGUGAAAAAGUUGUUGUGGGUCAGAGAGGUUCGAAGGGGAAUACCAACUGUUCAUUAAACCUGCUUUUAUUCUUCAGCAGGAACUGCAAAAUAUGCAGACCUCAAAGCCUAAAAAUUUAGAAGCUCCGCUGAGAAAACCUCGACCCACUCGACAACUUAAAGCGCUUGGUUCGGAUUCUGUUUCGGCUCCGGCUUCGGCUUUGGGUUCUCCGCUCCCUCCGAGUAAAAUGACGAAGGAAAGAAGUCCUAGAAUUGUUACAAAGUCAGUUCAAAGCUCAGUACUUGAGAAAAAACGCCCAAAUCGAGUUUCUACAGUGGAAUCACAGAUUGCUCAACUUCAAGAUGAACUGAAAAAGGCAAAGGAUCAACUGAACUCAGCUGAAUUAGGGAGGAGGAGAGCAAAAGAGGAAGCUGAAGAGGGUAGGCAGCAGCUUGAAGCCAUGUCGUUGGAGCUUGAGGAGUCCAGACAGCAGUUGCUAGAGCUUUCGGCUUCUGAAGAUGAACGGAUUCAAGAGCUACGUAAAAUUUCGCAGGAUCGAGAUAGAGAAUGGCAGUCUGAACUUGAGGCCCUCCAGAAACAGCAUUUAAUGGAUUCAGCUGCUUUGGGUGCUGCCAUGAAUGAAAAUCAGAAGCUUAAGCUUCAGCUGGAAAGGAUAGCUGGUUUGGAGGUGAACCAUAGUAGACAUGCCGAAUCUGCACAAGCUGAGAUUCAUAGCCUCAGAGUAGAACUCAAAGAAACACUCUCACUGGUGGAGGAACUCAAAUCCAAGCUUUCUGAAUAUGAAGAUUCUGAAGCUCAAAGUCUUGAAGAUCAGAAGAAAACACAGAUGGAACUCGAAAGAGCAAACGAAACCAUUGAAAUGCUUCAAUCGGAGGGAACCAAUGCGAUGAAAGCGUUCAGCUCCAUAUCCUUGGAGUUGGAGCAAUCCAAAGAAAAAGUUGCAUCAUUGGAGGCCCUUGUUAGCAAAUACCAGGUCGAUUUGGCUGAGAUUGACAAGAAAAAUUUGGAAGAUCAGUCUGAAAAUAAGAACAAUGAGAAGGAUGAAGAAGAAACUGAAUACAUCAGUCAGCUUAAAACUGAGCUUAAUUGUGUUAGAUCUGAAAUGGGUCAAUUGAAACUGGCUUUAGAUGCUGCUGAUAGAAGGUACCAGGACGAAUAUCUUCGGAGUACGAUACAGAUCAGGAGUUCUUAUGAAGAAUUGGAAUCUGUAAGAUCCGAAUCACGUCUUAGAGAGGCUGCAUUUGAAGCUGAACUCGUUCGAGCAAAGGCACAAAUUGAGCAACUGAGGACGCAUCUUGAGGAUAAGGAAGCUCAACUUCUGAGCAUUGCCAAGGAAAAGGAAACUUCAAACUUGAAUCAGAGAAGCAAAGAAAGUGAAAGGGAAUCCGAUAAUACAGAACAGCUGAAGAAGUUAGAGGCUGAUAUUGAGGAGUUGAAGGCAAGCCUGCUAGACAAAGAGACAGAGUUGCAAGGAAUCAUUGAAGAAAACGACAUGCUCCGAGUGGACAUUCAAAAAAUGGAAACAGGAAGGAAGAUGGCGAAUGGCGAAACUACAGAUCUGGAAGAGCCAGCAAACGAAGAGACUUUGAACAAACUUGGGAGUGUAAACGAAAACUCGGAAAUGGAGGCGGAAUUGAGGAGGCUAAGGGUGCAGUUAGAGCAAUGGAGGAAAGCAGCUGAGGCAGCUGCUGCAAUGCUCUCACCAGGGAAAGAUGGAAAACUUGUAGACAUUUCAGGUCCUAUUGACAGCAACUAUCCUCAUGGCUCGUUCUACUCCGAAGAGCUCGAUGAUGACUCGCCAAAGAAGAAGAAUAUCAACAUGCUGAAAAAGAUUGGCGUUCUAUGGAAAAAGAAUCAAAAGUAGGUGACAGACAGAAGUGCAGCAAAGUAUUAUGCAAAUUGGGUUGGGCUCUUUUCUUCUAUAAUCUUGGCUUGAAUUGAUAGGCAACCAAAUAUUUUAUGUGGAACUGUAUAGUAUAGUUGCUCAAACUGGUAAGUUUUGAUUUUUUAUAAGUUACAAAUGAAUUUAUGAUGCGUUUCUGCAGAAUACAAUAAGUUUUUUGCACUGCC